AUGGAAAUCCACGUAGUAUCAAAAGACGACUAUUCCAAACAAGCCGUAAUCCCAAUCUCGGCCGCUGCACUGAACCAACUGACCGACCCUGAAUCUGUCCGUGUCCGUCCGAUUCUAAUCAGUCUCAGUUCGAACAAUCUUAGUUAUGCCAAAGGUGGCACAGCUCUCCACUGGUGGGAUGCCUACCCUGUCCCGACCAACUUGGUGCCAGGAGCUUCUGAGGCUGCAUCAUGGGGAAUUGUUCCUGCUUGGGGGUACGCAAUUGUGACCGAAUCAACGACAACACAAAUUUUGCCAGGCACCAUUCUUUGGGGGUUCUGGCCCACUGCUGAUGCCCCAGUAGAUCUGAAGCUGGUGCUUGGUGACCUUGACGGUCACUGGAUUGAAGUCAGCGGCCACCGAAAGAACCUCAUGACUAUAUACAACCACUAUAUGGAAGUCUCGCGAAAAGAUUUUCCAGUACAGCUCCAAGACACCGAGCUUGCUGACUUCGCAUGGGCAGCUUUGUUUCGUCCAAUUUGGCAGACAGGCUACCUCCUCAAUAGGUUUGUUUUUCCUCCGCAGAAUACGACCCCGAGUAUCGAGGCUCUCAUUCAUCCUAGCGGUACCGAUCUACCGUGGACCAAGGAAGAUGCCGAGCUUUCGCAGACACUCCUGAUCAGUUUGUCUGCAUCAGGGAAGACAGCUCGUUCAUUCGCCUAUCAGAUCUUCAAGCGACCUCGCGAAAACGGACCAACAAAGUUCCUACAAGUGACUCAUGAGCCGAAUUUGAUACAGGACGUUGGUAGAAGACUACAAUCGUCUACACCAGCGGAUACAAUUUCAUAUCAAAAACUUACGUAUGCAAGCGAAGAAAAGGCAGCGCCGGAGUGGUUACCGGAGGAAGCUCCGAAGAAGGUCGUCAUCAUCGAUUUUGGGGCCAGAGGGCGUGCGUUAGAGGAAAUACUCGAACUUUUGGAAAGACGCUACUCCGGCACCGAUGUAAAGUAUGUCAUUCUACAAGUCGGUUAUCAACAAAAGGUAAUUUAUUUCACCCUGCAUGCCAACGUAUAUUUCGCUCUUGUUAACGCAUAG